AUGUCUGUCCGUUCUCAUCAACUGCACCCUAAAGUCAGGAAUGUGUUCAACCUGGAUGUUCCAAACAGCGACCAUCUACUCAAAACCCUGACUGUUGUCACAGGCCCUGACAAUCUGACUUACCAUAGCUUCUUUGCUUACAAGGGGAAUGUGAUACAGGUAAUACCCAUUAUAAUGCUUGCAUCAUUACAUCUUCUCAUCACAGCAACAUGACAUAACCAGAGCUCAUACUGCACAUACUGUAUGUGUCAUAAACAUACAUCGAUAGGUAUGUAAACGUCUAGAGCAAUUUUGCCUAUCGGCAUCACCUAACCACCAACAUUUGUUUAAGCUAUAUUAGUUGCCAGAUUCCAAACUUGCUCUGAAGCUCUAACCUUGCCUCAGGUCAACCAUAUAUGAGCCUUCAUUUCCACCACAAAGCAGCCUCUGUCCUUGCACUCUUUAUGAGUUUACGACUACAAUAUCCGGUUUAGUGAACCCUAAUAAAAAUAACAAUUUGUUCUCUUCCUGAGGCACUGUGACUGAUCAUUUCCAUGCCCUCUAGUGGUCAAAAACGAAACAGUUAUUAUCACAAGUAGUAAAUUCAGACAGCAAUUUCAUGCAGUUGUGGUCUGAUGUUAUAGAACUGGGUUACUGAUAUCCUGUCCAUUGCUUACAACCCAUCGAUGAACAACGCAUGCAGACAAGUCUUCAUGGAGAAAAUGUGA